AUGCAGGAAGUACAGGAAUUGGUGCAGGAACGGCUUCGCGAAGUGACUACCUGUCGAGUAUGCAUGGACCAGCCAAUAAGCAGAGUCUUCUUUCCAUGUGGUCACACCAUCUGCUGCUCCGCCUGCUCUGAGCGCAUUGAUCAAUGUCCCGUUUGUCGGAAGGCCAUUGACCUACGACAUCCUUGCUUUUUACCUUGGGCCAUUUCAGCAGGAACCAACAGAUUUCCUGAUAAACAGGACAUUAGGCCCAGUCUCGAUUAUGAUGCUGGUCAGGUUGGCCAUCUGUGCCUUAACAUCGGUCCUGGAAGCCGGCGGCGUCAUUCUACUAAAUCAGCAUCAGGCGGCCGGCGCUCUGAGAUCGAAAGCCCUAUAGAGACCAGCUCCUAUCAGGGCCUCGACCAGGUGGUUCCAGUUGAAUCAUCCCCAGUCACGAUGCCUCUUGAUUGCAACACUGGUAGCCUUAGCGAUCGCCAGGCCCCUGUUGAUGCUGCAACAGAGACUCUCUGGGAGGAAGAAGAAGAUGAAUAUUCCGAUUUUAAAGGCAUGGAUAAUAAAGGACUGACUGAGGAAGUUGCGUCGGCCUAUCGUGCCAAAGGACGAUCUAUGCCUCUGCGAAUUUCCGGCUUGCAUAGGCGUAGCUUGAAGGAACAAUCACAAAUGAAUACACGGCAUUCCCCGGCUGAGUCGAGACUUACAGUACUUCCAGAAACUUGUCCUUAUACUUCUGAUUCAGACACACUUGAGCCCACUCCAAUAGCCGCAGCAAACGCCAAAAUAGAGGCUCCUACCAAAAGUGCUUUAUCUUCUGCUAUCGCUGUUUUCAAUAGCGCCUUAACCGUUACCCCAGCUACUAGUGCUACGGGUGUAAUAACUACCUCUUUUGCCUCUACCUCCGCUGCCACCACUGUCAUUUCUGCCUUCUCCGAUUCAAUCACUUCAACAUCGCCAACUAUAGAAUCGCUGACUGCAUGGUCCCAGUUUCCUGAUAGCACAUUGCGGCGCAACAACAGUAGCUCGGAAGCUGUUUUAUGCUACAGCAUGACCGAUUGCUCUGAGGUGAGCGCCAGCCUAUCCUCAGAGUCGCUAGAUAAGUCAUCAUUGCUCAUCCAAGCCUCCUCAUUAACGUCUUACGAAGUAGGGUCAUCCGGGGUCUCUGAAGUAUCUUCAGCCGGUAACGGUUCCUUUGGACGGACUCUAUCUAUCUCCAAACUCGGUUAUUCGUACACAGAUUCCUCUAAUCUCGGCAGUGGCCCUCUCUUAGACAAAAAGAUGGCCUUCUGUACUCCGCCGAUCUCCAUACACGAUAGGCAGACCGAAACUUUUAGACCAACACUCCUACUUAAAAGUGGUUUGAAGGAAAGGAGGGAUAGCAAAGGAGAUGAAAGGGUGGAAAGGGAGAGAAUAAGUGAAGCUCAAGAAAAGAAAGAGAGAGAGGCAGCAUCAGAAGGUGCUGCUUCGAGUCGAGUGCUUAUGGCUAUGGAUGUAGAUAAGAAUAAAUCUUUUACUCGCAAAACUAAAUGCGCUCUCGGAGAAGAUACUUCGAUGCCUAUCCAGCAAGUAAGAAUCAAGCCUGUAGUCAGCUUCACACUUCAUUUGGAUGACGAUUGA